AGGUAACAUUUUCCAGUCACUGACCAGGCAAACAGGCCCCUGGUCAUCUCCGGUUUCCUCGUUUCCUUUCCUCUUCGUCCCAGUGACGUCAGUACGUCACCCAUCGGCACCCGCGCCGCUGACCCCCGCCACCGUGUCACGAUCCCGUCCCCGCUCGCACGCCUAGCGCGAUGGCGCACCCGAUGUACGGCUCCGGACCGCUCCGAUCCAGGAACGCGGCGAGCUCGGACGAAAUCCAGCUGCGGAUCGACCCGGUGCACGGGGACCUCGACGAGGAGAUCGACGGGCUGCACUCCAGGGUCCGCAUGCUCAAAGGGGUGGCCCAGGAGAUAAAUUCUGAAGCCAAGUUCCAGAAUGAUUUUCUUCAUGAACUGCAAAUGACCCUUGCAAAAGCUCAGGCUGGAGUGAAGAACAACAUGCGGAGAUUGAACAAGAGCAUCAUCCAGCAGGGCUCAAACCAUGUUCUCUAUGUUGUCCUCUUUGCACUGUUUUGCUUCUUUAUUGUCUACCUCUUGUCAAAGUUCUCUAGAAGAUAGUUCCGUCUUUGGUGGGCAAAUCUAGGAUACCAUGACUUGUAUGUAGUCUAAAGAAAGAAAAAAACUAUUGUACUUCUGCCUGGCCUUGUAUCCUCAGUCUUUUCGUCGAAAAUCGAAUCAAACUAGAAAUACCCUUCAAAGAUUUAUGCUAACGUCAUCCACUGAUCCCUA